CGAUACGUUUGUCAUGAUUAUUCACCAUGCUUUAUUAAGCUUGUUUCAAACAUGAAGAAACUAAGAUUCCUUGAAGUGAACUACUCGAGUAGCUAUUACGAAGGCAGCUACGAUGAAGGGCUUGCUUUUCUUUCAAAUGAGCUGAGAUAUAUUGAAUUACCUUGGUACAGUGCAAGUCCGUUCCUUGAAAGUUUUAAAGCAACAAAACUUGUUGUUUUAAAGCUGUAUGGGAGCUUGCAAAAGGAACUUUGGAAGGGCUGCAAGCAUUUGCCGUGUUUGAAAGAGCUUCAACUCAGUAAUGCGGAUUAUCUAGAAAGAACGCCUGAUUUUGGUGGACUCCCAUGUCUUCAAAAGCUCACACUCUAUGGCUGUGACAGUUUAAAAGAAAUUGAUCCAUCACUUGGAAAUCAUUCAAGACUUGCUUACAUAUCUAUAGGUAAUUGUGACAAGCUUACAAGAUUUCCGACCAUUGUUUGGAUGGAAAAGCUGGAAAGACUUAAAAUUUCAUAUUGCGAUUCACUAUGUGAGUUCCCAGAGAUUGAAGCAAAGAUGGAUAGCUUGGUAGAGUUAUGUUUAACAGAUGUUGGGAUAGAAGUUCUCCCCUCAUCAGUCGGAAGAUGUUGUACCAACCUUAUUUCGCUGCAGUUGAUCAAUUGUUCAAAUUUGAAGUGCAUAGAAGGAAACUUUCGUGCAUUAAAACAUCUGCAGAAGUUUGAAUUAGCUAGUUCCACAAAAUUUGUUUGGGUUCCAAAAGAUUUGUUCUAUGAAAAUUGUUGUUUAGAGAAUCUUUUCUGGUACGUGACGUUGUGCGUGUUUGAUGGUGUACAAUCUAGUCUUCCUCACUUGCCACGUUUGUUAAAAAAGUUGAAUCUCAAUGGACACAGACUAAAAGAUGGAGAAAUACCAUGUGAGAUUGGUGAGUUAUCCAACUUACAAGAGCUACAUCUAUGUCAAAAUGAUUUUUCACGAUUAGAUUUCAGCCUCUUCCAACUUACAAAGCUCAAACUUCUCGAUCUGAGUGGUUGCCACAAACUUCUUGAAUUGCCUGAGCUUCCAACAAAUCUGUCAAUUCUCCAAGCUAUCAACUGUGACUCCCUUGAAGCCAUUAGAGAUGAUGUUCAUAGAAACUGUGAAUGGUUAUGUCAAGUCUCAAUUACUAUACAAUCAGAAGAUGGGCUUUGCAACAUCCUUGGUAGUGAGAGAUUACUAAAAACCAUGCUCCAGGGAAAGGCUCAGGCUCUGAUCAUGGAGCUAAAUGGGUUAGAGGUUCCACAGAGGUUUAAACCUUGUCUUGCCAAAGGGAGGAGAUGUAGAUUGAGACUUCCCGAGAAUUGGUUCAAUGAAUUUUCUGGAUUCUUAUUCUGCUAUGUUUCAAAGGAACACUUCUGGUAUGAUUCUGUAACAAUAACAAUGGGGCAGGAGGAGGAGAAGCAACAGAUGCAGAUGGAAACGGGGUGUCAUCAAGAUGAGCAAGUGUUUUGGAUGAACGAAAGUGCUGAUAGCCAUACAUGGAUGGGGUAUGUUUCGUUUGAGUCAUUCAGAGGCACCACUUGGUGGGAAAAAACUGUCAAAACAUCCACUGCCAUUGAUGUUUCCAUCGACGCGCCUUUUUCUUGGGAUAAUUCACUUAUAAGUGGGUUUGGAGCUAGACUCGUUUUCAAAAAGAAUCAGAUGGAGAAAACUAUUACAAGAAGCAAUCAUUCCUAUGAAGAUGAUGAUUAUAGAUGUAAGUUUAAUAUCCUCCGUGAUUCAAGGUCUCUUUUUGAGUGUAGCUUUAUCCAAAAUAGUAGUAUAUGAAAAUUUUAAUAUGGGAAACAUCAGUGGUUGGAAUUCAUGCCUCUGAAAACAGAGAUCAUGGGUUCGAUCCUUAUGCCCAACAAGGCUGGAGGUCCUUUUCUACCUAUGGUAGAACUUGGAAGGAGCCUCUCUACCUUUGGUAGGGGUAAGACUGUCUACAUAUCAACUUCCACCUUUAAAAAAACGACAUAUGUUCCUUGCUAAUGA